CCAAUCUGAAAUGCAAUGGAAAUACGACUGUAGUGCAGGGAAAUAAACAACAACAUACACACCUAUAUAAAAUUUACUCUGUGCUUAGUGUCAGUCCACAAAGUUACAACAUUUGACGUAGCGUUUUUAUAAAUAAACAUUGAUAAACAUCUGAGAUAAACUAGUAAAAUAUAUUUUUUUAUUAGUAAAAUAUCUGAAUUCUUACGAUAAAUGGAACAAGUAAAACGUUGUGCACACAUCAAAAUAAGGGACACCAAUGACUAUACAUUUAACGCUGAAGAAUAUAUAAAAUACCUAGAAAGGAAAUACAGUAUAGAUGUACGAAGUAUCCCUUCUUGGAAAGAAUUAAUAAAACGUUUACACGUUGCUAAAACUGAUUACAACCGUAUUAUUCAAAGCUCAAAGGCACGCAAGUUAUACAUAAUAAAUAAACUUCAUAUUGAGUUUUACAGACCAUCACCUUUUGAAUUAACAGAAAAGCUUGUAAGAACUGCUAAAAAAUGGGAUGAACUAAAGCAGAUUACAAACAAACAUAAUAAAAAACUGAAAGAUACACAGAUUGAUGAAGAUGAGAAAGUCUUCGAACAGAAAGAAUCAAAAGAUACUGUCGCUCACUCCAACACCGAAUCUAGGAAAUCUUCUGUCGAUUUGGAUGAAAAAACUGAUUCCAUAAAGUUAGAAUCACACACCAGCCGUAGUAUAGAAGAUCAUCUUCCAAUUCGAAUAUCACCAAAUAUACACAGAUGUGUAUCGCCUAUAAAAACCGAAGACAAAUUAGAAGUGAAAAAUCAAACACCAAGAAAAAAAACUGUCUUGAAACAUGAAUGGAAGACAUUAACACCAACGAAUCUAGUAGAAUGUAUACCUAAAGACAUUGUAAUUUCCAAUCACAUAGGAAGCCAAAGUGUAAGUUUUUCUAUAAGCAACUUCAGCAAUGCUUAUGUUUUUGUACAAUAUAAGUGCCUUACAUAUGGCUCUUUCUUCAAACUCGCGAAAGUGAGUCCAGUUGCUCGAGUAAAGAUAAUACCAGGUUUAUCGUCAGAGUUUACUUUAGAGUGUAAACUUCUGAAAGAAAUUAACGAUUUUGAUGAUUAUUACACUAAUAUAUACUUUAAAGUCAGUCUUAAUCCGGUAGCUAACAGACCGAAACAAGCUCUCCUUAUACCAAUUAAAAUGCAAAAGAUUACUAGGUCGGUAAAUGUGUCGGAAAUAGUACAAUUGCCUCCUGCUUACCCCUGGCAUUUGACUUCUAAGCAUGGCUAUCCCACAGCGUAUUUAAACUUAAGUGUGAACGAUGACUUUGGUUACUACAUUCGAGUGAUAAAACGUAAAGAGUCAAAAUCUGAACUUAAACCUCAUAUUACAGAGCUAUCUUAUGAGUUGGACACCUAUAGUGAGAUUGACAGACUAUGCGAUAUUGAGAAUGGAAAUGAGCCUAAAAGUAUACAUUUAAAAAAAGAUUACCUACCUGACAUUACAAAAACAGAUUUUAUGGCUUCAAUUUUAAAUAGCAUUGUUGAAAUAGCCUUAAAUCCCUUAUGGUUUAAACGAAAUUACAUGUAUUUAUCUCCGAAUUCUACUUCUAGAAUACCAGUUUGUUUGACUAAAGCUGAACAUAUCGGGUUUCAUCAAGCUUGUUACAAUAUUGAGUUUUAUGAUGCAAUAACUGAGCAAUUAAUAUUUACAAAAAUGACUAGAGUUUUCGCUGAAGUAUUAGAAAAUCCAAUCGUAAUUAGUCCUACGCAUAUUCUUGAUAUGAGAUAUUCACCAGUUCAUCAUGGUUUUUGCAUUGAUUACAUCUCAAUAAGAAAUAAUCAUAAAGCUUUGAUGUGUACCGUUAAAAUUAUGUUGACUUCUAAGAUGAAAAAACUUAUUAAGAUUACUCCUUUGGAGAUAUCACUUACCCCAAAUAGUUGCUACAAAUUUAAAGUUAUGUUUUGUGGCCGAGAGCGAGACGUGUCGUCUAAUGAUAAAUCAGAAUCAUUAGUUCAUUUCACCUUUAAAAUCACCUUGAAUGGAAUGAAAACUGUUUAUGAAAAUGUGCCUCCUAUAUUUUAUGAAAUCAUAUGCCCCUGUUAUAAUGAGUUUCUUAAAGUUUACAAGAACGGUAAAUCACUAGAACCAAUAGAUGCAGAAACUUAGUUAAGUACCUACUUAUUUAUAAUUUCGAAAGCUGUAACAUUUCUGUUGAUAAAAAUAAAGUCACCUUCCAAAAUGUA